UAACGGUGAAGAGUUGUGGCUGGAAGAAAUUGUCAUGAUGGCGGGACCAGAUGGAGAAGAAAAGGGAACGACGCUGAUUAGAGAAGACGUCAUUUACAUGUUGCACCUACUGCUGUUGCUUCUUGUGGGGACCAUCUCCGCUGAAAAGUCUGGUGAUUGUCCUCAGGAAGAUCUAGACAGAUCAAUUGUUCCAGAUGUCAAACUGAAUAAAUGUAACAUGCCUGAGAUCCUUGACAAUACCCCUGUAGGUGACUGCCCAAAGGAGACAUAUCAUAAUGUCUCACUGGAUUUACAGUGCGGAUCUAAACAUGGCAAUAUGUGCCCUGGCAAAGCAACAUGCCACAUUCGUCUCUUCACUAGUCCGAUGAUCUUUCUAUUCGCUCAGGCUUACUGUCGAUGUUACCGUGGAAGUCUAAGCUCCAUACACAGCUCCUGCGUUAAUAAUGGAGUGAGAGCUAUGGCACAAAGCUCAUGUGGUAACCGCUAUGGAUGGGUAUGGAUUGGUGUCUAUAAACCUUACAACAGUUGUCAUUAUUUGAAUGCGGAUGGGAGUAGAUUGGACUAUACAAACUGGGCCUGUGGAAACCCCAAUAGGUGUGGAGCCUGGUGCACUGCUCUUAACUUGUCAAAUGGCCAGUGGUAUUCUAUCAAUUGCUGCUAUACCUUGCCUUUCGUCUGCACCUUCUAACAGCAACCGCAUCUAAUUCUGGUUACAUAUACAUUGCCACCACUUCUCGCUCUGAAGCUUCUGUUGAAAGUCUAAAAAGUAUCACAUGAGCCAUUGUUUUUUAUUUUAGUGAUUCUUCUCAUAUCUAUUCUCUGACUUUUCAUACUGCACCGUGUUUUUAAGCAGAUCAUAUUCAAAAAUCCAAUAAAA